GAAAACAAGCAUCAGUUUCCAAUACGAAAAAAAAUAGAGAGCACCGACCUUCUUUCUCCCCUGCAGUUGCUCUGUCUCAGAAGUCUCGUCACAGUUUCUCGCGCCCACACUACCUCUCUCACUCACGGGAUCUUCUUCAAUGGCGAACAUCGAGCCGGAGAAGCAAACCUUGCUGAACCACCACAAGGAGAAACACUUCACCGCUGGCGAGGUCAUCCGCGACAUCAUCAUCGGCGUCUCGGACGGCCUCACCGUGCCCUUCGCCCUCGCCGCCGGGUUAUCCGGCGCCAAUGCCCCUUCUUCCAUCGUCCUCACCGCCGGCCUCGCGGAAGUCGCCGCCGGCGCCAUCUCAAUGGGACUCGGAGGGUAUUUGGCGGCGAGGAGCGAGGCGGACCAUUACUCCAGGGAAUUGAAGAGAGAACAGGAAGAGAUCGUCGCCGUCCCCGAUACAGAGGCGGCGGAGGUGGCGGAGAUCCUGGCGGAAUACGGGAUUGAGCCACACGAAUACGCGCCGGUGGUGAACGCUCUCCGUAAGAGGCCUCAAGCUUGGCUUGAUUUCAUGAUGAAGUUUGAGUUGGGACUGGAGAAGCCGGACCCAAGAAGAGCGGUGCAGAGUGCGUUGACGAUCGCGAUCUCGUACAUCAUUGGGGGAUUUGUGCCUCUCCUUCCUUACAUGUUCAUCGCGAGGGCUCAGGAUGCAGUGAUUGCGUCGGUCAUCGUGACGCUAAUAGCGUUGCUGCUCUUUGGGUUUGCAAAGGGUCAUUUCACGGGGAGCAGGCCUUUCAUCAGUGCCUUCCAAACCGCACUCAUAGGUGCCAUUGCUUCUGCCGCUGCGUUCGGCAUUGCUAGAGCUGUCCAAACUUGAUAAUAGUUGCUCGCUAGCCUGGGCUUUGCACUCGUGUAGUAAACUAAACUGGAAUCUUCGGUGACAAUGUCGUUUCUGGAUAAUAAUAUAGCUGCAAUCACGAUUUUUAUUGUUGCUAAACACAAUCAUACCAUUACUGAUGCACCGAAUUUCAUCAUAACUUAAUAGAAGGCACACAGAAGC